GGAGGAAGGUGUCGCCGGGAGUUUCUGGCAGCUCCGCGGUGUAAUUUUACCCUUCGGUGGGGAGGGAGGGAGGAGGGAGGGAAGCUCGGGCGGGAUCCGGCGGUGCGCGGCUGCUCCCCGGGGCGACUCUUCUUUGUGUCCAGGUGGCGAGGACGAGGGGCCGGGGGGGGCUGCCCGCGGCCAUGGGGGUGCAGGACCGGCCCCAGUGCUUCUUCGAGAUAGAAAUCAACCGGGAACCAGUUGGUCGAAUUAUGUUUCAGCUCUUCUCAGACAUAUGUCCGAAGACUUGCAAAAAUUUCCUUUGUUUGUGCUCGGGUGAAAAAGGAAUUGGCAAAACAACUGGAAAGAAGCUGUGUUACAAAGGCACUACAUUCCAUCGUGUGGUUAAAAACUUCAUGAUUCAGGGUGGGGACUUCAGCGAAGGUAAUGGAAAAGGAGGUGAAUCUAUUUAUGGUGGCUAUUUUAAAGAUGAAAACUUUAUUCUCAAACAUGACAGAGCGUUCCUUUUGUCAAUGGCAAACCGAGGGAAACAUACCAAUGGUUCCCAAUUUUUCAUAACAACAAAACCUGCUCCUCAUCUCGAUGGUGUACAUGUUGUCUUUGGACUGGUUAUUUCUGGUUUUGAAGUAAUAGAACAAAUAGAAAAUCUGAAAACUGAUACUGCAAGUAGACCCUAUGCAGAUGUACGAGUUAUUGACUGUGGGGUGCUUGUUACAAAAUCGGCAAAAGAUGCUUUGGAGAAGAAGAAGAAAGUAUGUUCUGACUCAGAAGCUUCAGACUCCUCCUCCAGUGCAUCAGGCUCUUCAGAAACUUCAUCUGACAGUGAAGCUGAAAAUGAAAGAAGCAGAAGAAGAAAGCGUAAAAGAAGAGCUAAAACCAAACAAUCAAGAAAACGAAGAAAGGAAGAGAGGAAGAAAGAGGAUCCAAGGUGCAAGCGAACCUCAAACCAAAGACGCAGCCUUUCUGACAAGAGUGAUAUAACAGAAAAAGCAGUCGAUGUUAGCACAAAGAGGGACAAACCUGUGGUACGUCCUGAAGAAAUUCCUCCAGUGCCUGAAAACAGAUUUUUGCUAAGAAGAGAUGUGCCUGUUGUCAAUGUAGAACCUGAACCGAAGCUUCUUGAUGCUACGCCAAUUCUGACUGACCAGAAACCAUCAGUCUCUAAAUCUGGACGAAAAAUUAAAGGAAGAGGCACAAUACGAUAUCACACCCCACCUCGAUCACGGUCAUGUUCUGAAUCCGAUGAUGAUGACAGCAGUGAGACCCCUCCUCACUGGAAAGAGGAAAUGCAGAGAUUACGAACAUAUAGACCCCCUAGUGGAGAAAAGUGGAGUAAAGGCGAUAAGUUGAGUGACCCAUGUACAAGCAGAUGGGAUGAAAGAAGUGCAUCCCGGAGAUCAAGAUCCUGGUCACAUAACGGUUACUCUGAUCUAAGUACUGUGAGAUAUUCUAGCCAUCACAAAAAGCACAGAAAAGAGAAAAAGAAGGUGAAACAUAAAAAGAAAUCUAAAAAGCAGAAGCAUUUCAAGAAGCACAAGCAAACAAAAAAAAAGAAAACAUCAGCCUCAUCAGAUGUAGAAUCCUCUCAUUCCUUCCUCAGGAGGACAAAAUCAUCUUGUGAUCGUGAGAGGAAAUCUCGUUCUUCUUCGUUGUCUUCUAGACAUUCAUCCAGAAGAGGCUGGUCUAAUGAUAAGGAAGACCAGAGCUCAUCCACUUUAUCAAGCAGAGGGACUCGAUCAUACUACAGGUCCAGGUCCAGAUCCAGAUCUAGGUCUAAAUCAAGAUCUUAUUCCCGAAGAAGUUCUAGAUCAAGAUCAGCCUCUAAAUCAUCGCGUUCUCGAAGCAGGUCAAGGUCAAGUUCUAACCCUAGGCUUCAAAAGACGGUUUCCAAUUCUCCACGAAAUAUUUCAACACGAUUAAAUGAAAGUAAGUUGAACAAGACUGCUGAGCCUGUAAGAGCAGUUAUACUCCCAAGUGAUAAAAUUGUCGUACCACCAGUUGUCCCAGAAAACCUCCCUGUUAUACCCUUAAGUGAUAGUCCACCGCCUUCGAGGUGGAAACCUGGGCAGAAACCAUGGAAGCCAUCUUAUGAGCGAAUUCAGGAAAUGAAAGCUAAAACAACCCAUUUAAUACCUACACAAACUAAUUACAAUUUAGUAGUCAUUAAAGAGGCCAACACUUCUUCCUCAUAUCAUAAGCGACAAAGGAGUUCAGACAGUGAUCGAAGCGGUUAUUCCAAAUAUCAUAGUGACAGAAGCUCAGACAGUUGGCUGAGAUCAAGAAGCAGGUCUUCUCGAAGUAGGUCAUACUCAAGAUCUUAUACAAGAUCUAGAAGUCCAUCUAGCUCUAGGACAAAAUCUCGUUCUUCUGGUAGAUCACCAUCACUGAGUAAAUACCGCAGUGACAGGUCAGGUUAUAGCGAGUCAACAUCUUAUUAUUCCCUUAGUGAUGAUGAUACGCACAGAAACAAAAGAAAAUCCAUGUCAAGUGAUCAAAAAGCUCGGUCUCUUAAACUGAGGCAAGAAACGAGCUCUGAAAGUACUCUCCCUUAUAAGUGUACAAAAGACUACGAUGAGUCUUCUCAAGGAUUGAAAGAGAGUGACAGUUUAUCAUCUUCAGACUUCUCUACUGACAGUGAGCGUUCUGCCAAAAUGAAAGUAGUCCAAGAAAAAGAAGGCCGUUUUCAAUUAGAAGGAGAUACUCAGAAACAGGAUAAAAAUAGCUUAAGUUCUGAGAGAGGGGAGGAGGAAUCCAAGUGUGAGCGGGAUUCUGAUCAUGCUAAAAAGAAAGCAGCUAAAGAGAAAUCUUCUGAGCAGCCUAGAGGUGGUGCAAAAACUAAACGAAAAUCCUAUUCAGGUAGUAAAUGGGACUCUGAAUCAAACUCCGAAAGAGGAGAGGCAAGGCAUAAUAGGGGAGACUCCAGACCCUCCUCCAGUAAAGAAGAAGGAGAGGCCACAUCAGGAUCUGAUACAGAGCUUAGCGUUACCAAAAGGAUAAAAAAACAGUCAAAUUCUUCAGAAGGCUUUCUGGAUUCUGAUUGUGCAUGGAAGACAAGCAAACAGUUGUCAUCUUCUGAAUCUGAGAGUUCUUGUUCUAGCUCAACAAACAUUAGAGGAAAGUCAAAAAAACACAAACAUGGAUCGAAAAAAACUCUUAAAAAAUCACAUUCCAAAAAAGCAAAAGAAAAAUCAAAAGGGAAAAAGGAGAAGAAACACAAAGUUCAGAAAAGAAAAGAAAUGUUUCACUGGCAGCCCCCACUGGAGUUUGGUGAAGAAGAUGAUGAUGAGAUAAAUGAAAAGCCGGUUACCAAGGAUGAUAAAAAAGAAAAGCCGCUUACCAGGGACAUAAAGGAUAAACAAGUGUAUGAAAAGGAUGAAAUAGUCAAAGAUGAAAUGGGAAAUGGUGAAAAGUCUUGUGCGGAUGAAAACCUUUUAGGUAAAAACACUACAUGUGGUGCCUCACCAGAUCACAGUAACCUUAAUAAAGAUAGCAUUGAAACAAAUGCUUCAACCAGUAUUUUAAACUCAGGAAUAAAUGUGACCACUUGCAAGAAUGAGAUUAAACAAGCUGAAGAAAGUAACCAGAACGGAUUGGAAGAUGUUAUUCAGACAGAUGACAACAUGGAGAUUUGUACUCCAGAUCGUAACUCACCAGGGAAGGUUGAUGUGGACAUUUUGUCUCCUGUCGUUCUCACCGCUAAACCUCAGGCUUUAAGUGCUAGUAUAAACAAAGAUUUACAGGUUGAGACCCCUGAACAAGAUGCUGUCAAACUGGGAAACAGUAUUACGGACUUUAUUAAUAUUAAAGAAGAAAAAGAAACGGGAAGGCAAGAAAGUAACUCUGUCCCUGUGUCUUUAAACUGUAGUUUAAAAUGUGAAAUUACUGAAAAUACACAGAGCAAUAUGAUAGAUAAUAAGUGGAAGCCUUUGCAAGGUGUUGGUAAUUUACAACCAGCAACAAUUAGUACUGCUGCAGAAGUUAAGAAUGUAGCUUCAGCACCAGAGCCUAAACCAGCAGGUUUAAGAAUUGAAAUAAAAGCUAAAAAUAAAGUAAGGCCUGGAUCUCUGUUUGAUGAAGUUAGAAAAACAGCACGGCUAAAUCGAAGGCCAAGGAACCAAGACAGUUCCAGUGAAGAAGAAUCUCCAAGUAGAGAUGACAAUAGCCCAUCCAGGAGUCUCAGUAGGUCACGAAGUAAAUCUGAUUCUAAAUCCAGACACAGAACAAGGUCCAUAUCUUACAGUCACUCAAGAAGUCGGUCCCGAAGUUCUACAUAUUCAUAUAGGUCAAGAAGCUAUACAAGAAGCCGAAGCAGAGGAUGGUAUAGUAGAGAUCGGUCAAGAAGUCGAAGUAGUUCUUACCACAGUUACAAGAGUCGUAGUCGAACCUAUAGUAGAAGUAGAUCCAGAAGUAGUUCUUACGGUCAUCACAGUCGAUCCAGUAGGUCAUACACGUAUGAUAGUUACUAUAGCAGAAGUCGAAGUAGAAGUAAAAGGAGUGACAGCUAUCGAAGAUCUAGAAGUUAUGAUAGGCGAUCCAGAUCUUAUGGCUCUGACAGUGAAAGUGAUCGCAGUUACUCUAAGAAUCGAAGUCCCAGUGAAAGCAGCAGAUAUAGCUGAAAACUUUUCUUUGAUGAUGGAAACUGUAUUUAAUAAUUUUUCCAGUGUUAUGUUAAAAAAACUGUUUCUACAGUGUCACAAGUG